AAGAGACUCGCGUAAUAAGCCAGGGCACCCGGGAGCUAAGCUGCGGGCUGGCACUCUACUGCGUGUGAAGCUUCCAGCACCAACAUCAACAUAACUUCACAUCAUCCACCCACACGCCCCGGUCGCCCCUCGAUCACCGCAUAUACCCGGACGCAAGCUCUUUCAAUCCCCUCACUCCUCUCUUGUGUCCGUCAGCCCCCCGUCACAGCUUUUCAGGCGCCAGUUGACGCAACUCCCGUCUGCGCCGACCCGGAAUCCACAACGUGCCUCCGAGCCACAGCCCACCAUCAUCAUGGCUCAAGACAGCGACAAGCCCACCGCCGCCGACAAGGGAAAGGGUAAGGCGGUUGAGAAUGGCAAGCCUGAUGAUGCCCCCAAGGACAAGGAGGGGAAGCCUCUGCCAAACGGAAAGAAGGCCGACGAGAAGGACGAGACCACAGAAGAGCUCAGCGAGGAGGACCAACAACUCAAGAGCGAGCUCGAUAUGCUUGUCGAGCGAUUGACCGAACCCGAUGCGUCUCUCUACAAACCGGCCUUGGAGGCCAUGAAGAACUUCAUCAAGACAUCGACAUCAUCCAUGACUGCCGUUCCGAAGCCAUUGAAGUUCCUCCGACCCCACUACGAGACUAUGACCGGACUGUACGAGAACUGGCCAUCGGGCGACGACAAGAACUCGUUGGCCGAUGUGCUGUCCGUGAUCGGGAUGACCUUCUCCGACGAGGACAGGCAAGACACCCUCAAGUACAGACUGUUGGCACCAACGCAGGAUAUCGGCUCGUGGGGACACGAAUAUGUCCGGCAUCUGGCAUUGGAGAUUGGCGAGGUCUACGCUAAGAGGAUCACAGCUGAGGAAUCCACCACUGACCUGGUGGACCUGGCGCUGUCUCUUGUGCCUCUGUUUCUCAAGAGCAACGCGGAGGCCGAUGCGGUUGAUUUGAUGAGCGAAUUGGAGAUCAUCGAGAAGCUUCCAGAGUUCAUCGACGAGGACACUUACUCCAGAGUCUGCUUGUACAUGGUUUCCAUGGUCAACCUUCUAACGUACCCAGACAACGAGCUGUUCCUCCGUGUUGCUCAUGACAUAUACAAGGAGUACAACCAAUCCACCCAGGCCAUGGUCUUGGCUAUCCGUCUCAACGACACCGAGCAGAUCAAGGCGGAUUUCGAGGCGGCCACCGACCCUACGCUCAAGAAGCAGUUGGCAUUCCUGAUCGCGAGGCAGCGGAUUUUCCUAGACUCGGAAGAAGAGGAUCCUGAGGUCCAGGAGAGUCUCAGCAAUCUUCGCUUGUCGGAGCACUUCAAGACUCUCGGGAAGGAGCUCAACAUUCUCGACCCCAAGACGACUGAAGACAUUUACAAGAGCCAUCUGGAGAGCAGCCGUGUGGCCGGCAUGACCAACUUGGACUCUGCUCGCCACAAUCUUGCUGCAGGAUUCGUCAACGCCUUCGUGAACGCUGGUUUCGGCAACGACAAGAUGAUGCUGGUAGAUAAGGACACCAACAGCUGGGUGUGGAAGACCAAGGACGAAGGUAUGAUGUCAACAGUGGCAUCGCUUGGAACUCUGCUUCUAUGGGACGUUGAAAAUGGCUUGGAUAAGAUCGAUAAGUACACCUACUCCGAGGAGCCGCAGAUCGUCGCAGGUGCCAUGCUUGCUAUCGGCAUUAUGAAUGCUGGUGUGAAGAUGGAUUCCGAGCCCGUCAUGGCUUUGCUCGGAGAGCCCGAAAAGCUCGAGCACCCCAACCCUCUCAUCCGCGUUGCGUCGAUCAUGGGACUUGGCCUGACGUACGCGGGCUCCAACAAGGAGGAGCUGCUGGAGAAGCUCCUGCCUAUCAUUAAUGACACCACCCAGGACAUGCAGAUUUCCGCCAUGGCUGCCUUGGCCUGUGGUCUUGUCUUUGUCGGCACAUCCCACCCAGACGUGACGGAAGCAAUAAUCACAACCCUGCUCGACGACGAGCGUCAGAAUCAGCUCAAGGACAAAUGGACUCGAUUCCUGGCUCUCGGACUUGGCCUCCUCUUCUUCGGCAAGCAAGAAGAGGUGGAUGUCAUUCUGGAGACACUCAAGGCUAUAGAUCACCCUGCGGCGAGGCCAACAGCUGUCCUGGCAGAGAUAUGUGCUUGGGCCGGUACCGGUGCGGUGCUGAAGAUCCAAGAGCUUCUACACAUGUGUAACGAGCACAUGGAGGAGUCUGACGAGAAGAAGGGCGAUGAACUGGUGCAAUCUUACGCCGUCCUCGGACUCGGCUUGCUUGCCAUGGGUGAGGAAGUCGGCCAGGAGAUGGUGCUGCGCCAAUUUGGCCAUCUCAUGCAUUACGGCGAGCCCAAUAUCCGCCGCGCUGUUCCCCUGGCCAUGGGCUUGAUAAGUCCGAGCAACCCCCAGAUGAAGGUAUACGACACUCUCUCUCGAUACAGUCACGACAAUGAUAACGAUGUUGCCAUCAACGCCAUCUUUGCCAUGGGUCUCCUCGGCGCCGGCACAAACAAUGCAAGGUUGGCGCAACUGCUACGGCAACUGGCAAGCUACUACCACCGCGAGAAGGAAUCACUAUUCAUGGUGCGGAUUGCCCAGGGUCUCCUGCACAUGGGCAAGGGCACCAUGUCACUCAGCCCCUUCCACACCGACAGGCAGAUCCUGUCGAGGGUCUCAUGCGCGGGUUUGUUGUCGGUGCUCGUGGCGAUGAUUGACGCCAAGCAGUUCAUCACCAAGAACUCUCACUAUCUCCUGUACUUCUUGGUCACCGCCAUGCACCCACGUUUCCUCGUCACGCUGGACGAGAACCUCAAGCCACUGACGGUCAACGUCCGCGUCGGUCAGGCAGUCGACGUCGUCGGCCAAGCCGGUCGCCCCAAGACCAUCACCGGCUGGCAGACACAAAGCACCCCCGUCCUGCUCGGGUACGGCGAGCGGGCCGAGCUCGAGGACGAGGAAUACAUCAGCGUGAGCAACGUGCUCGAGGGCCUGGUCAUCCUCAAGAAGAACCCUGAGUGGGAAGACGGUAAAUAGACUUAGCCUAGGCACGGCCACAUAAGAUGAAGCGGCCGAUCGAGGCGGCCUGUGAAAUGGAGGUCUACUAGUGUACAGUAUUCAAGGGGUUCUUUCCAGGUUGGAGCCAGGAGGAGGGAGCUUCAUCCAGGUAUUGGAGUGAAAACCAUAGACGAAUGGAAAUGACUUAUCAGAGCUCUCUGCGGGUAUCAGCGUCCGCAUCAACGUCCUGCUCAAGUGCCGCCUGCCUCUGGUGAAGGAGGCCAUGUGCGGGCCUCCAGGUGUCCGGUACAGUACGCAAAGAUGCAGAAUAUACAUACGUGGGAGACGGGUAUGUACUUGUAGACAAGACUGUGUCUGCUGAGUAUUCUAAUGGGCUGGGAUGGAAAGUUCUUGUAAUACGUGUUAAUAUGGUGUCGCUUGUGAGACGUACAUCAUGUAGAGCUACGGGUCUCAGGAAGUGAGGUGCAAAUGGCUUCUGAAUCAACAUCUCUCAAAUACUCGGUACAGGCCCUUCAGAUUGGCGACCUCCAGCACGCCAUCCUUCAUCAGACUGUUUGUGGCCACGAGGCGGGCCUUGAAGGCGGGAAAGAAAACAUGCUCGACAGCCCAGCGCACGUGCUUCCUCCUCGCCUUGACCUCUUCAUCAAUCUGUUCAGCAGCGGCUGCCUCGGCCUCGCCCGGCAUCGGCGGCAACACCUCAGGUACAUACAGUGAGGCCAGCUCCUUCAGAAACAUCUCAAAGCAGGCCCUCUCAUCAGUCCAGUCCACGUGUGGGCCUAGUCGGAGCAGAAAAUUCGGUAGCUUCGCCAUGGACGGAGUGUAGCCCUUCACAAGCAAGGGAAUGCUAAUAAGUUCCCCGGUCGGCGAGACCUCGAACGAGAAGUACUCCAAGAGCAUCUCACGACGCUCGAUAAGCUGUGAUGACACCAUAUCAACAACCUCGUCCACGUCGAAGUCAUCCUCCGAUGUAGAACACUUCUCCUUCUCGUGCUCGGCGGCUAUGCGCAAGACCGCACGAAGGUCCAGAGAAGGGUUGAACUUCACAACUCCGAAAUUUCCGAAGUCAGUCAAGCCAACCUGGUAGAAAUAUUCAAAGCAGGCUCGGCCAUAGUCCACGAGGUAAAGCUUGAUACCACCUUGUAUAGCUGCAAGCCGGCGACGCUCAUCGACGACCCCGACGAAUGUGUGCGUGGCAAAUACCUCUGUAAGUUCGUGGUGCAUAUCGUCUCGGACCUCUGUACGCAGCUCACGGAUGCUGGCGAGACGGCACGGGACUUGCUCGCGAUCAUUAGUCUCGUAUUCGAUAGCCUCUGGGGGCUGCGUAUCAGGCGCAGUGCGCAGUGCUCCGCGAGAGUCUCUUGGUGUAGACGAUGACUCUUCGCUUGGAGCGAACAUGCUGGUGAUCUUGCGGAGAUUGGUAUCUGUCCGGACGAGUGUGUUUUCAUGGCGGGUGGUUUUCUUCCCGGACGCACGUGUGGCUGAGGAAGUGGUCUCGUCGUCCUCGGUCUGCUGCUGCGUGGAUGGCCAAUCGGCGCCGGGAAGUAGCGUUUGUGUCAUGAAGGUACGGCUCUGGUCAACAGCUGCAAGUUUGGUGCGAAUAUGCUCACAGAUGGCGUUGAUGAUCUCAUCUUCAUUGAGAAAGUUGACCUCUCGUUUCGUCGGGUGCACGUUGACAUCGACCCUACCAGGAUCAAUUUCGAGACUGAGGUACACGAAAGGAUGGCCGCUCUUCGGCAAGAAUGCUGCAUAUGUCUGCUCAAUUGCCUUUCUUAUAUUCGUGGAGUCGACACAGCGAUGAUUGAUGAACAGGAGCAGGGUCGUCUUCUUUAUAUGGUAGUUGGCAUUCGUGGCAUAGCCCUCGGCCUUGAAACCCCAUCGGUCAUCGGAGGUAGAAUAUUCGAUCAGCUCGUUGGCGACACUGGCGCCGUAGAUCUGGCGAACACGGUCGAUGACAGACGCGGUGGCUGGCACUGAUAUGCUCGUAGAUGAUUCCCCUUGUUUCUUGCAAGAAAAGGCGACAUGGCUGCAGUGGACGGCAUAUCGACCAACCAUGUCGAUGAUUUUGUUGUACUCGUCGGAAGCAGAGCGGAAAGCGCGGCGCCGAGUGGGCACAUUGUAGAACAGAUCCUCAACAGUGAUCUGUGUGCCGUUUCUGCCCGCGACUGGCUUGGGCUCUGCAGUCUGGCCCGGCUUGGGGGGCUCAAGCUUGCCUCCGCCAUAAUAAGCACGCCAGGCACAGGUCGAGUCCUUGGUCUUUGUGGUGACGGUCAGAUGGGCUAUGUGGCUGAUGCUUGCCAAAGCCUCGCCGCGGAAGCCAUAUGUCGCUAUUGAUGAGAGGUCCUCAAACUUCUGCAACUUGGAUGUGGUGAAACGCUCACACAGAAUAGGCAAGUCUUCUUUCUGUCGACUGGUCAGACGCCUGCUCGACUUGGUCGAUAAUUGAUUUCGUGGCCCGCCGUAAUAAAGCAAGCGAAAGGAGG